AUGCCAGACCAGACGCUGAAGGACAAGGUUGCCAUCGUGACGGGUGCCAACACGGGUAUUGGUGCCGCCAUUGCCCAGGAGCUCGCCGGCCGCGGCGCCAGCGUCGUGGUCAACUACCCGUUCGAGUCACUGCGCGAGGCAGCCGAGGCCGUCGUGGUGUCACUGCCCACGGCGUCGACAUCGCGCAGCGUACAGGCCGACCUGAGCACCGAGUCUGGGCCCCAGUCGCUGGUCGACGCCGUGGUGGCCGCCUACGGCCGCGUUGAUGUCCUAGUCAACAAUGCCGGACUGGCCGUCAACAAGCAGUUCUCGGAGCAGAAUCUCAAGGACUGGGAUCUGCUGGUCAACCUCAAUGGGCGGGGCGUGUUCCUCCUUACUCAGGCCGUCCUACCCCAUUUGCCCAAACCGGCGACGGAGAGGGGCGAGAGCGGCGGCCGCAUCGUCAACAUUUGCUCCAUCUCGGCGCGCGCCGCGCCGCCGCUGCAGACCAUAUACGCGGGGACCAAGGGCAUGGUGGACAGCUUCACCAAGGUGUGGGCCAAGGAGCUGCCGCCCAAGUACGGCUGCACCGUUAAUGCCGUGUCGCCGGGGCCGACCAUGACGCAAGGUUUCGCCGCGGCGGGCGACGAGUUCAUGGACGCCAUGCGCCCGGUCAUGGAGCAGACGCCCGUCGGGGCGCGCAUGGCUAGGCCCGAGGAGAUUGCUUAUGCCGUUGGCUUCUUGUGCGAGCCCCGGGCCAGCUGGAUCAAUGGGCUACACUUGGUUGCGAGCGGAGGGUUGCACAUCGAUUAG